GAUUGAAUAACGUGUUGAAAAGAAUAUUUCUGAGUCUAUUAACUUUACAAUUGAUAGCAAAACUGCUUGAUUUAAGCAGAUUAGUUAUAUAAUGUGAACCAACCGAAGGAAAGAAGGAAAAACUUUUUUAUGCCCAGUCUUAAGAACCAACAAUGAAACAUGCAAAAUGAUUAUUUCUGUGAGAAAAGCUUGUCUGAAAAUCAUUAUGAGGGGUUCUCGUGGGUGAAAAUUUUACUUUUAAGUGCACUAGAAGAAGGCCGACUAAAUUUUCCGCUUAUAAAGCUUUCACUCAUCGAAACAAACUUGAACAACUAAAUUAAAUUUUGUCGAGGACACAUCUGAAAAUUAAAAAUCUCACGAAAAUCUUCAACUUAUAAAAAGGAUUAUUAAAGAUUUUCAAGGAAUGAUUUGGAUGGAAAGAAACAACAUGAAUUAUUCAUACGGAUCACGAGGAAUGAGAAUGCUGACAAUUGUCUUAAUGUACCUGUUCUACGCAAGUCAAGUCAUUGAAUGUCAAAGACCGAGUUCUGGACAACGAAUGGAUGUUUACAUAGCCGGAUUCUUUCCUUAUGGUGACCGUGUUGAGAAUUCCGAUAUUGGCCGUGGCGUUAUGCCAAGCGUUAAAUUAGCAUUGGAUCAUGUGAAUGAACAUUCAACAAUUCUACGAAACUACCGUUUACAUAUGUGGUGGAAUGAUACGGAAUGUAAUGCGGCUGUUGGGGUGAAAUCAUUUUUUGAUAUGAUGCACAGUGGACCUCAUAAAUUGAUGUUGUUUGGCGCCGCAUGUACUCAUGUUACAGAUCCUAUUGCGAAAGCAUCCAAGCAUUGGCAUUUGACUCAACUUUCAUACGCUGAUAUGCAUCCGAUGUUUACAAAAGAUGGCUUUCCGAAUUUCUUCCGUGUUGUUCCAAGUGAAAACGCAUUCAAUGCACCUCGGUUAGCAUUGCUGAGAGAAUUCAAUUGGACACGUGUCGGAACUGUGUACCAAAAUGAGCCACGUUAUGCACUUCCACACAAUAAUAUGGUCGCUGAACUCGAUUCAAUGGGACUUGAUGUCGUUGAAACACAAAGCUUUGCGACAGAUGUUAAAGAGUCGCUUGAGAAACUCCUUAAAAAAGAUGUGAGAAUUAUUUUAGCAAACUUCAACGAAGUAUGGGCGCGAAAGGUUUUCUGUGAAGCAUUCAGACUUGAAAUGUACGGUCGAGCAUAUCAAUGGCUAAUAAUGGGACCAUCUCGAAAGGAAUGGUGGAAUGUGAGCGACACUGAUUGUACAAUUGAAGAGUUGAAAACAGCUCUUGAGUUCACAAUUACAACAGAUUUAUUACCACUCUCCACGUCUGGAGAUAUCACAGUGUCUGGAACUACAGCAGAUGAAUACUUGAAAGAAUACAACAGACGAAGAGGCAAUGAGUAUUCACGAUUCCAUGGCUACACUUACGAUGGUAUCUGGGCUGUUGCUCUAGCAAUUCAAUACGUUUCUCAGAAGAAGGAUCAAUUUCUACAAAAUUUUCAAUACCGUGCGAAAGAAUGGGAAACAAUUUUCCUUGAAGCAUUAGCAAAUACAAGUUUUGAAGGUGUUACAGGGCCGGUUCGGUUCUAUAACAACGAGCGAAAAGCGAGCUUUUUAUUAAAUCAAUUUCAAAAUGGAAUGGAAGUUAAAGUUGGUGAAUACAGUUCGCUUUUAUCACAUCUUGAUUUAACAAGAGGUGAACCAAUGCGAUGGGUCGGUCGUUCACCGCCAAAAGACAGAACUUUGAGAAUUGUUGAACACGCUCAAGUUAAUUUAACAAUAUAUUUAAUCCUUGCUAGCUGUUCAGUCUUAGGCAUUGUUCUUGCUAUCAGCUUCCUAAUUGUUAACAUAAAAUUUAGAAAUCAACGUUACAUCAAAAUGUCAAGUCCCCAUUUGAAUAAUUUAAUCAUCAUCGGUUGUAUGUUGACCUAUUUGAGUGUCAUUUUCUUGGGCAUGGACAGUGGAUUAAGCAGCGUCACAGCAUUUCCCUACAUAUGUACAGCUCGAGUUUGGCUUUUAAUGGCUGGCUUUACACUCGCAUUUGGAGCGAUGUUUUCGAAAACCUGGCGAGUUCAUUCAAUUUUUACUGACUUGAAAUUGAAUAAGAAAGUUAUAAAAGAUUAUCAACUGUUCAUGGUUGUGGGCAUUUUACUUACUAUCGACAUCGCAAUCAUGACAACAUGGCAGGUUGCCGAUCCAUUUUAUCGCGACACAAAACAGCUGGAACCAUUUGCUCAUCCAUCCCUCGAAGAUGUUAUAAUAGUCCGAGAGAAUGAAUAUUGUCAGUCAGAGCAAAUGAAUAUUUUCGUUGGAGUUAUUUAUGCCUACAAAGGAAUGUUGUUAAUUUUCGGAGCAUUUUUGGCAUGGGAAACUCGCAAUGUCUCAAUUCCGGCUCUGAAUGAUUCUAAGCAUGUCGGGCUUUCGGUUUAUAACGUUGUCAUCAUGUGUGUAAUGGGAGCUGCAAUUGGAUUAGUGUUGUCUGAUCAAAAAGAUGCUGUUUUCAUUUUGAUAUCUAUCUUCAUUAUCUUUUGCACGACCGCAACUUUAAUUCUUGUCUUUGUGCCCAAGAUAAUCGAACUGAAACGCAACCCAAGCGGUGUGAUUGACAAACGUGUUCGUGCAACGCUUCGUCCCAUGUCGAAAGCUGAAAGACGUGACUCAUCUGCAUGUGAACUCGAACAAAAGCUUCGUGAUGUGAAGUCAAAUAAUUGUAGAUUUAGAAAAGCUUUGAUGGAUCGUGAAGCUGAAUUGCAAGCUUUGAUAAGAAAACUAGGACAGGAAGCUUCAAAUUGGUUAGAUGGUGGAAACAGUGAGACUGAACCUAUCUUGAAAGAUCAGGGACGUCUAUCAGUUGGACCCAUUCGAAAGGAUUUUCCAAGUCAAACAGUUACAGAAGUAACAUCAAUCGGAAGUUGUGUGUCAAGUCAUGAAGACUUGGAUUAUGGAACAAAUACGCCAGAUACAAAGAAAAAGCGAGUCAGCAUUCAAAACACACAAGACAAGAAUAAAAUGAGUAAUUCAAUUUCUCAAAGCAAAAUGAACACAGAGCCGAAGGUUGUCUCAACACAAACAACUAUCUCUUCAACUCUCGCAUCAGCGGAAGUUAAACCACAACAAGUACAAGCUCAAACGCCUGAUCAUAAAAUGUAUGUCACUGAAAUAAGAAAGGAAUUAUCGGAAGCGUCAACAGCAACUCCCAAUUGGUCCCCCGGGCACAAUGGACAUCUCAUGGAUCACAAUGAUUAUCAAAGCUCGGGUAACAUGACAAAAUACAAUACUCAUGUCAAUUCAACAUCAAUGACAAUGUCGAAUAGUGAAUUAAAUAAUAUUUGCCCACACGGAAAAGGAAGCACAAAAAAUUUGAGUAUGGCUGAACAACAAAGACGUGUCAGUAUGGGAGCGGCGAUGAAGAGUAAUUUUGUUGUAUCGCAAAGUGAUUUAUGGGACACUCAAACAUUGUCACAUGCAAAGCAACAUUCUCGUCAUUCUCCAAGGAAUCAACAGCAACGAUGUCCCGAUCACACAUACGUUAAUGCUCCUUUACAGCAACAACAGCAACAGCAGCAAUCACAGUCGACUCCAUCAUCAUCAUUGGUCACAACACCUCAACAUGAACAUUACCACGAGAAUGGUUCACCAGGUGGCCUAAGCACUGGAAGCGGCAGUGGCAUCAUGCAACGAAGUGUUUCUGAGAAGAAUCGCAAACAUCGACAUAAACAAAAGAUUCAAGUAUGUCAGAGUGAGACUGAUAGUGAGCGUGAACAGCGAAUAGAAGCGCAAUUAUGUGCUCAAAAUAGAAAACUCGUAAAAACUCAUCACUCGCAUCACCAGUCGGUGCCGAAUGUAGCACCGGAAGGUACCCCAACAACCACAAAAUUGCAUAAGCAUCGAUCCAAAAGUCGCGACCAUCAUCAUCAUCGAUCUUCUUCAAAUAUGCAUGGAGCUUGUUCUGAAUCAGAGUUGCUGGAUAGCGACACUGCAAUACUGCCCAUCUUUAGAAAGCUUUUAACUGAAAAAGAUUCCAGAUAUAAAGCAAAUAGAAACGUCGUUGGCGCCAGUUGUCCUAAUAUAUCUAUUAAAUGUGAUAUUGUUGAAUAUUUGUAAACUAAAGGUCAUCAAAUGAAAGACAAGAGCUAAGUUACUCAUCGCAAUUUAAAAGGAAAAUGAAAGAGAAACAAGUUAGGCAGCUUUUGUUCAAUUUAUUUCCAAUUAAGCAUUAGAAUUGUGUAACAUCAUAAAUUGAAGACAACUUUGCUAGAAUUAAAGCAAAUGAACAUUGUAGCGAUCAUGCUUCAUAAUGUAGAGCAUUAGGAGACUUAGAGAAUAAUUUAACGAGAUCUGAAAUAAUAAUUUAAAAAAGAUUUAGAAAGAGCAAUCACUAAAAGUUCUAAAUAAUGAAAAAAUGUUAGAAAUAAAUCAACAAAUAAUCAAACCGUCGAAAAUAUUGCACAAAAAGUUUGGUAAUUUUUUUUUAUGUUUUUUCUACAUAAUUUUUGUUAUUCAUGUAUAGAAGAAAUGAUGAAAUUCUAUCUAUCUAAAGUUAUUAGUCAAUUUCCACCUCCCCCUCUCCUCUCUCCCAUAAAACAUCAAACAAAUUUUUAUUUAGGAAUGAAAACAAAGAACAUUUUAACAUUUACGCUUUUAAUAAAAUUAUCAUUAUUCGAUUAACUACAUAAUGACGACUUGUUAGCCUCGUGAACCACUUGAACUGAAUCAGAAACAAUCUAUUAUGACAAAUCAUUUUAUUUAUUAACUGUCUACAUAGCAAUUAAAGUCUUUUUAUAAUUUCCUUAGAUGUUAAUGUCUUCCGGGAGAAUUAUUUAUAGAAAAUUUCAUUAUCUUAUUUCACUUUAAGAUUAACUUAAAUUUACUUAUCUACAUAUCAUUUUCAAUCUAAUUUAAAUUUUGUUUCUUUUGAUAAUUACGUCAAUUAAACUUCCCACAAGACGUUUAUUCAUAAAAUAAAUUAAAUGAAGAAAUAAAAAAAAGCGAUAAUGAUUGUUGAGGCAUUGUCAUUGAAUUAGCACAAACUAUAGAAUAAUGCGAAUAAAAAAAAUCCUUUUAAGAGUAAAUGUUUUAGGUAAAUGUGUCGAAAAUUUGUAAAUAAAUUGUAAAACAUUUUGUCGAGUCUCAAUUAUUAUUCAAAUAUGACACAUGAAUAAAGUUUUGUCUUUGCUAAUUUGACGGAAG